AUGCUGGGGGCUGUGCUUACUGCUCGGGGUGGCGCCGAGUCGAUGCGAUGCGGACCCGCGUGCCGCAAUGAUGAUGAGCUUGAGGGCUGCAAGCUGCAAAGACAACUUUGCAGAUGCAUGAAGGUUGCAAUGUCUAGCCCAGAGGCUAUCCGCAACGAAAUGAAGCACUGCAGCCCUGCACGCCAGGGUGGACGGUCGCGGCGGGCUGUGGCUAAAAUUAAAGCGACUGCAGCGUGGCGCUACCCGCCCAGUGAUUGGACCCUGCACGCUUCUGCCCUUUCGUUCCAACUGGGCUCGCUGACACCCCUUCUUGGCGGCCGGCGCGCACUGACAGCGACAACAGUGGAGAAACGCCCCUCAACCGACGGCCUCGUCGACAACAUCGAUCCCCGCGAGUCCCACGAGCUGGAAGAGCUGCCAUACGUCGAGAAGCCCGCGACCACCGAGCAACCGCCGCUGCCCCUCAAGGAAAAGCUGAUAACGUGCUUCUGGAUCGCGCUCAACACCCUGUCCACCCUGGGGCUGAUCUUCCUCAGCAAGAAAGUCUUCAGCGAUGCGCAAAUCAAAAAGUGCCAGCUCAUGGUCGUCAUGUGGCAUUUCACAGCGACCGGCCUCGUCCUCUUCAUCUCCACCCUCGGUCCCUUCCGCGCCUUCAAGGCUGUGCGCCUUAACUGGCUGCACAUGCUGCCCGUCUGCGGCUUCUUCGCCGGCUACGUCGUCCUCGGAAACCUGUCCCUGACCUUCAACUCGAUUGGUUUCUACCAACUGUCCAAGGUCAUGACCACCCCAACCGUCGUGCUUAUCAACUUCGUCAUGUUCCGCAAGCAAGUUACCCGCUACAUGCUCGCAGCCAUCAUUGCGACCUGCAUCGGAGUGUCCUUCACCAUCAACGAGACCGCCAAGACGCAGCUUUUCGGCGUCAUUGUCGCGACCAUGGCCUUCUGCUCCACCGCCCUCUACCAGAUCUGGAUCGGCAAGAAGAUCGAAGACUUUGCCGUCUCCCCGCCCCAGCUCCUGCUCAACCAAGCCCCCAUCUCCGUCUGCCUGCUCAUCCCCUUCGUCCCCUUCUUCGACACCAUCCCGAACCUUUCCGAAGUCCCCUCGACGAUUCUCUGGAGUGCAUGUGCGUCGGGUAUCAUGGCCUCCAUGUACAACUUGUCGCAGUUCUUGAUCAUCGGACGCACCAGCGCCCUGACUUUCAACAUCGUCAGUCACUUGAAGACCAUCCUCAUCCUGAGCAUUGGCUGGUACAGCGAGGGCAAGAUCCUCAGCCCAAGGGAGUGGUUCGGCGUGCUCUUGGCCCUCGGCGGAGGAUGGGUGUACUCCCACCUUGCGCUCAAGGCAAAGAAGCAGGGCGGCAAAUAGACACUUUCUCCGAAUCACGAGUGGGAUUCUGUUGUACGAUGUGCAUUGGGCCGGAGCUAACUGGCCUUUCCUUUUGUCCCUUCUUUUUAAGCGCAGAGCGAGCGGAAUUGGAUGAAUAGCACCAUCUUUACAAAAAACAACGGCUGUGUUCUUUUUUUAACGAUAGACAUGUGGGAUUGGGGAUAUCGAUACACUUUUCUUCUUCUUUUCUCUGUAGGGUGUAUUUGGGUGUUGGGUAAGAGGGAGGGAGGGAGAGAGUGAUUAAGAGCCUUCUUUCACACAAGGCACAUUCGAGAACCGAAUACAACGGGUAAUUAUCAA